AUACUUGGAUAUUUCGUGAACUGGGCCCUUCUCGGAGUGUUGACCGUUCAGAUUUUUCUAUACCACGUUCACUACCCAAAUGACUCUCGGCGCAUAAAGUGCCUGGUAUAUGCACUUUAUCUCUGGGAAACCGUCCAGACGCUUCUUAUGACCUCCGACGCCUUUGGAUGGUUUGUCAAAAACCUUGGCAAUCCGGCGAGUCUUGUCGAAUAUCGACUUUCUUGGUUCAAUGUCCCGGUCAUGACUGGGGCUGUUUCGAUGGUUGUCCAAUUAUUCUUCAGUUGGAGGGUUUGGAUUCUGGGGAAGCUUUGGUUUCUCUCUGGAGGAAUUGCCCUGGUGAGUGGCUGUGUGGUGCAAAUGAUCAAACCAAAAUAA